AUUCAUUCACUCAUUUGUUGAUUGAUGGCGUUUUGUAAUAUUUUCCUUCGUGUUUACUUCGAGUUGAAUAAUUGAGAAAAUUAUUAGAAAGCCAAAAGCGUUGACCAGUUAUUUUGUUACGUAUGAAAGUCUACGCUAAAGUGUUAAGAUGCUGAUGCAUUUGUAGAGAUAUGUGCAAGAAUAAGACGAGACCGUGUAUCAUCGUGAAGAGUAUUGCCUACCAAUAACAAUGCUAAUUUGAUUUUCUAAAUCAAGUUACGGCUAUUAAGCUUCUGACCACUCGAUCAAUGGAAAACAAGUGAUAAAUUAACAACGAUGUCCAACGGUUCUGACUAUCCCCCAGUAAAAGAGGACACUUUUUGUAAAUACGUUUUGUACUAUGAGAUAAACAACUCAAGGGUCAGGCUGUGGGAUGUGAUAAUAUUGAUACCAAAUGCAUUGUUUGUGCUGUUCCUAUUGUUCAGAUUUAACAAAGCCCAGUUAAAGUUAAGAGCUACAAGCAGCCCUAUAUUCCUGACAUUCUACACGUUGGUAUGGGGCAAUGUGAUAAUAAGUGUGGUGAGAUGUGGGGUGUCCAUGACGGUGAAUGCGGCGGUGCCGCUGGGCGGGCUGGUGGACAAGGUGCUGUGGGUCACUGUGAGGUUCUUCCUGCUGGCUACAGAAAUGAGCGUCGUCAUAUUUGGAUUGGCUUUUGGUCACCUGGAUAGCCGCAGCAGCAUCAGAUAUGUGUUGCUAGUGACGUCACUAAUCUCACUAGCAUUUACAAUAACACAAGGGACUCUAGAGAUUGUGAUGCCUGAUGAUAUGUUUCACAUUGACACGGGCAACUAUGACCUGUUUGGUCACGGAGGCAUGCUGUUCUGGUUUACAUCAUCACUGGUGUUUGCUGUCAUAUACUUCAUUAUACUGUUGCUGCCGUGGACCCCAAUGAGAGAGUACUUAGCAUUGCCAUCGAAGCUAUCCUUCUAUGUCUACAUCCUGCUGCUGACGCUUCUGGACGCGGCGCAGGCGACGGGCGCAGGGCUGCUGGCGUGGGGCGCCCUGCAGUCGGGCCUGUGCGUCGUCGACGUCACCACCUGGAUGUACUUCUGUCUCUACACGCCGCUGGUUUAUAGGACCUUCUUGAGCGAGUUCUUUAGUGUGUCGCAGCCAAGCAUCAUGUUCUCGUACAAAGCUCAGAUGGACGAGCCUCUGGACGAUGAGCAGGUGUCUCUGCCGCACCAGCAGAGCUUCAGCUCGCUCAAGACCGACUCCGACUACAUCUACCAGAGCAACAGCGUAUACGACAGUACGCUAUUCGAGGCCGGCGGAACCACCCCAAUGAAUCCGAUGUACAGCGCAUCACUACAGAGUCCCGACUCCAUAGCGUCAGGGCAGUCCCUCGACAACAUACUCCCGACAGGAAACAGUCAGAACAUGCGAUCGACAUAACGAUGAUCGGAACGAGAUUGUCGAAUAAUUGUAAGAUGAUUUUUCCUUGUAGCGGUAAACGGUUUAGACUAGAUUGUAUAGUGGAAGCUACUUAUCUGGCCCAACAUUGACGAAUAAAUACUAGGAAGAAUGAAGAGUAAUAGUCACCGGGUGUAAGUUUUGAUAGUUUACGUAAAAACUAAAGAGUGCGUAUUUAUUUAUACAUAGAGAGCAGCGCCCCUAGUGGUGACUAUGAUGAAACAAAUGACAGGAUACAACCAUCAUUUUCGUUUGCGUAAAUUGCAAAACUUACACUCAGCAGAGGGAUAAGUUGGUUACACUAUAGGUUAGUUUAUGGUCGUCAAUGCCUAUUGAAAGGAAUAGAUUUGCGUAGCCGAAGUAGACUUUUGACAGUUGUCUGUGGUCAUAUAAUUAUGUCACACAUAUUCGAAGUUUCAGUGGCGUACUUUUCAACCAAUCACGAUUCAGUACCAAAAUGAUAUACUUAUUAAUAAUUAUAUUCUGAUGAUUUUACAUCAUACCAUCGAUUGAAUAAAUAUCAAAAGUGCUAAAAUAAAUUAAAUCAAGAAAUACAUUUUCUCUGCUUAAGUGUAAUGUUUCAGUUGUAAUUAGGUUGUCGUCAGCCUGUCUGUCCUUAGAAAUGGCUACGUCAUUUGUUUGCUAGAGACUAGACAGAACCUACUGUAACUAAUAAUCAUUUAAAUAAGGUCCAAGCAGAAUAGUUUUCUUAGGAUCUUCUUACUUGUAAAAAUGUAGAUAAGUUGUACUAGUAUACUUAGGAUGGAUUUGUGAGAAACAUGCUUUGUGCGAUUUUUUAUUCAAGAGAAUAGAGGAUAUUUUUCAUACGCCUACCGAAUAAUUCAUUUUUUAUCUCCUACACUGCUUUCAAUUUCUAUAAUGAAUUUAGUAAGAUGUGACAGAAUGAAUUUUCUUUACUACUCUAAGGGCCACUUGCACAAACAUAUUAAAUCUAGAUUUAGUAUCAAAUCUCGAUUUAAGAAACGUCAAUCCAUAUAAAUUAAUGGCUUAAAUCGAGAUUUAACCUUAAAUCUAGAUUUCAUAUGUUUGUGCAAGUCGCCCUAAACCUCGCUAAGUGGUGUGUGAGAAGAACGUAUUUGACACAUUAAACUCAAAGAGUGAGAGUAAGAGAAAUAUGUAUACUUAACCCAUAUUUACAUGUUUUACAUCUGUCAAAUGUGAGCUUUUAAAUUAAGUCUACUGUCAUUUGUUUUCACAGUAUUCUGCUCAUUCCUUGCAUACAGCUUAAAAUGUCGAUUGGUUUUAGGCGUACUCAGACUAAUUAGCCUUAUCAGAGUAAUGGAGUAGACACGUGUCAUGUCAUUUAAUUACUUACACUUUGCAACACCUUUAAUAGAGCAAAAUAAUGUAAAAGUAAUUUGAUAAACAUACAAUUUUACCUAAGCUUCUACUUACUGAUUGUAUAAGUUAGUCUAACAUUCUAGAUAUUAGUGUGGAAAUUAUGCUUACAAAGAGAUAAUUAUUAGCACCUUCACCUAUACA